AUGGCCAACGACACUAGCAAAUCAACCACCCCGGCUCUUGGCAAUCAGAAGGGGCCAACCACUCUAAUUGGUUCAGACCUCCCUCUCUCGUCUUCUCAGAAGAUCUCCAGCGCGAGACUUCCAAUUCUAAAAGCUCCCCGACCAGACUCGAACUACCUGGACUGGGAGUUUGUAGUCAGCUCGUACUUCGAAGCGGUAGGAGUCGACUACAUCAUUGAAGCCCAGGAUGACGAGAAAGCCAUCAAAUCUCGUCCCGCCACCUGGGCCGCCGACAAUAAAGCCGUCUGCUCGGUCAUCACUCAGACAAUUGAUUCAACUAAUCUGUGCCACAUUCGUGACCAUUGCAGGGACGCCCAAGGCAUGUGGGUUGCCCUCCUCCGUGCUCAUCAAGACUCCACCACCGGCGGUCGAGUUUACUGGAUUCACAAGCUCCUCCUCGCAAAAAUGGAGGGCGAUGAUAUAAUCUCUCACAUCGAGGCUAUGGCUCAAUACUAUGAACGCCUCAACGCGCUGGGCACGCCCAAAAAACCCCUCACGGCAGACGACGUGCACGUGCACUCAGCCGCCCUGCUCAGCUCAAUUCCUCCGGACUGGAUCAACUGCGUCUCAGCGCUCAUGAACCAGGAAGGGGUGCAGACAAGAACGAUUGUCCAAGCACUCAAAAACAAACAUGCCAUGACCCUCAACAACUGCAACAACACCCGCCGGCUUCUCCUUGAACACAAGGCAAAUCAGAAGCCGAAAGGAACUCCUAAGGACUCUAAGUCCUCCUCUCAUUCAGGAAAACCUGCCGCGCGGGCCGGUCGAACCUCGGCUGCUACCCUAGGCACCACAUCCUACGGCUAUGACGAGGACGAAGAAUCUGAUUACUCGGGCUCAGAACUCGAAGUCACGGCAGGAAAUGCUGUCGCCUCGCUAUCCACAUCUCUCUCCUUGUCUUUCGCGGGCGGGGAUGCCAAUCUGGACUCGGGCUGUUCCAUGUCCAUGACUCCUCAUCUGGAAUUGAUCAAGGACCCAAUACCCGAUCGUACUCCUGUCAGACUAGCUGACCACUCAGUGGUAGAGGCUACCCACAGAGGUAUAUCAAAGCUUCCGAUCAACGGCAACACCACUAUCAAAACGCUGGUGGUUCCCUCACUUCACGAACCCCUCCUCUCCAUAGCCAGAUUGUGUGACGCGGGCCUCACAGUCGUCUUCAACAAGACCUCCUGCGACAUUUUUGACUCCAACUCAACCACCGUCAAAGGAAACGUGGCUGGAAUGGGCUAUCGACGAGGGAACCUAUACUAUCUACCUUCCGAGCCCGUGAGCUCUUGUUCUUCUCUGUCUCUGUCUCCCAACCCCUCCAGACCACUCUCUCCUUGGGAUAUCAUCACCGUUUCUCUCACAUAG